CUGCUGUUCCUGCAUUAACCAAUAAAUAACCAGAUGUUGAGCAACCUGUGUUAGUUGCAGCCUGAUCAGUGAGCCAGACCAGCGGUGAAAAUGUCUGUGAAGAUCCUCUCCAUCACUCUCCUCCUGCUCUCAGUGUAUCUGUGCUGCCACGCCUCUGCAGCUCGUCGACAUCCUUCAAGAAGCCGACUGUGCUGUGUUGAGGUCACCACCCUCGACAUGAGCACUGAGGUGGUGGGGGAAACGUAUCGUGAGCAGGCUGCAGCACAUCCCUGUGUGAAGGCUGUGAUUUUCAACACAGAUUAUGGAAAACUGUGUGCUGAUCCAAAAGCUCAGUGGGUCAAGAACCUCGUCGCCAACAUGACAAAUGUGUGAAGCAGAGAGUCUCUGAUGAAGCAUCGCUGCCUGUCGGCUCCACCAGGAUCUCCUUUAGCAUCACAUUUAAAGACUUAUUUAAACCAGAGUGCUUUCCUAACAUAACAUUCUUAUAUAUAUUCUUUGCAUUUGUAAGUUACUUUUUUCACUCGUAGUGUGGAGUAAUCCUGUAUUUGAUUCAGUCACGUACUGGGUUUAGUUUAUUCCUGAAGUUUUGGCUUUCUGUGUCUUUUUCCCCUCACUUAUUUGGCUGUUUUUUUUCUAUGUAUUAUGUAUUUAUCAAAGCACUUUUUGGCAGUGAAAAAAAAAGAAUCUAAAAAUAAACUUU